GAUGAUAUUGAUUUACUGAGACUAUUUGGUACACUGCUCUUUGAUAACUUUGCUAAGAGCAUUCCAUACGAGUGAACAAGACAUCUCUUUUGGGGUGUAAGAAAACAUCUGAUCUACCUUAGCCAAUUAAGAUCAAAACCCUACUUGCACACAAAAUCCCAAAGCAUAUAUAACCCAAUCCAAAGUAUCACAAUUCACACCAGAACAGAGCAACAACUAACAAAGCAAACACAAAACCCCUUCCCCCACCUACUAUCCCAAACACAAUCACAUCCCCUCUCUCACUCUCUCUAACCCUCCCACUCCCCCAAAAUUAUUCCACCAUGGGAGUGAGCAACAAAAUAACUGCAAUUCUCAAUUUCAUAGCCCUCCUCUGCGCCAUCCCAAUCAUGGCCGCAGGCAUAUGGCUUGCCUCAAAGCCAGACAACGAGUGCAUCCACUCUUUUCGCUGGCCAGUCUUUGUUCUUGGUGCUCUCAUGCUGCUUGUCUCUCUUGCUGGCUUUAUUGGUGCCUGUUUUAACAAACAGGGUCUCUUGGCUCUCUACCUUUUCUGCAUGGCAGCCCUCAUCAUCCUGAUCCUUGUGCUGCUCAUCUUCGCUUUCACUGUUACAAGGCCUGAUGGAAGCUAUUCUGUGCCUGGUAGGGCCUAUAGAGAGUAUAGGCUUGAUGGGUUUUCCAAGUGGCUUAGGGACUAUGUCACGGACUCCGGGACUUGGCAGAAGAUAAGGACUUGUUUGGCUGAUUCUGAUACUUGUCCUAAGCUCAACCAGCAGUACAUCUCUGCUGAUCAGUUCUUCAUGGCUCACAUCUCUCCUCUUCAGUCAGGAUGUUGUAAACCUCCAACACUGUGUGGCUACAACUAUGUGAACCCAACAUUGUGGAUAAACCCAGUAAACCCGGGAGCUGAUCAGGACUGCUUGUUAUGGAACAAUGACCAAAAUCUGCUGUGCUACAACUGCAAUUCUUGCAGGGCUGGCCUAUUGGGGAACCUGAGGAAAGAGUGGAGAAGGGCAAAUGUGAUCCUUAUCGUGGCAGUGGUGGUGCUCAUUUGGGUCUAUCUUAUUGCCUGCAGUGCCUUCAAGAAUGCACAAACAGAAGAACUCUUCCGCCGCUACAAACAGGGAUGGGCUUGAGCUUGCCUUGUUUCCAAACACAACCCAAUUUUUACUUCACUGGCUUUUGUUUGUCUUCCUUUUUUACAUACUUGGAUGAAUGAAUGCGUCUCUGUCAGUAGUGUUAGUGUUGUACAUAUUCCUCUGUUCUUUUUUCUAUCUAGAUUCUGUGGAUGGAGACAAUUGACAGGCGGUGAAAUUCUAGUAAAUUGAGUUUUCGAAUACUGAUGAGAAUAGAAUCUCAAUUAUCUGCUUCUUUUUUC